AUGUCCGCCGAAGAGGAUCUCAUCGACUACUCUGACGAGGAACUUCAAGCACCCGAGGCCCCAGCGGCCGGCGCGACCAACGGUGCCGCAAAGAAAGGCGAUCUGACCGUCAGCGGAGGCAAAACCACCGACAAGGGAAAAGGCAGCUACGUUGGCAUCCACUCGACCGGCUUCAGAGACUUCCUGCUCAAAGGAGAGCUGCUGCGAGCAAUCACCGACUGCGGUUUCGAACAUCCUUCGGAGGUCCAGCAAAAAUGUAUCCCACAGGCUUUACUCAGUGUCGACAUCCUGUGCCAAGCCAAGUCAGGUCUUGGUAAGACCGCGGUCUUCGUCUUGACCACCUUGCACCAACUGGAACCUGUUCCUGGCGAAUGUUCCGUGUUGGUCAUGUGCCACACUCGUGAACUUGCCUACCAGAUCAAGAACGAAUACGCAAGAUUCAGCAAAUAUCUUCCAGACGUGAAGACGGCUGUUUUCUACGGCGGGACACCAAUCCAGAAGGACAUUGAUCUCCUCAAGAACAAAGAAUCCUUUCCCAACAUCAUUGUCGGGACACCCGGUCGUCUCAACGCCCUUGUCCGUGACAAGAUCUUGUCAUUGCGCAAUGUCAAGGCGUUUGUCCUCGAUGAGUGCGACAAGAUGCUGGACCAAAUCGACAUGCGUCGCGACGUCCAAGAAAUCUUCCGAGCAACUCCGACCGAGAAACAGGUCAUGAUGUUUAGUGCGACUUUACCGCAGGACAUCCGACCCAUCUGUCGCAAGUUCAUGAGAAAUCCUCUCGAGGUGUUCGUUGAUGAUGAGACCAAGCUCACUCUCCAUGGUCUUCAACAAUACUCCAUCAAGCUCAGCGAGGGCGAAAAGAACCGCAAACUCAAUGACUUGCUCGACAGCCUCGAAUUCAACCAGGUUAUCAUCUUCGUCAAGAGUACUCUCCGUGCCACCGAGCUUGACAAGCUGCUCCGGGAAUGCAAUUUCCCGAGCAUUGCGGUGCAUUCUGGUGUCAGUCAAGAGGAGCGUAUCAAACGCUACAAGGAGUUCAAGGAGUUCAACAAGCGAAUCUGUGUUGCCACCGACGUGUUCGGUCGAGGCAUUGACAUUGAACGCAUCAACUUGGCCAUCAACUACGACUUGCCAGCUGAUGCCGACUCUUAUCUCCAUCGCGUGGGCCGUGCCGGCCGAUUCGGUACGAAGGGGUUGAGCAUCAGCUUUGUCAGCAGCGAGCAAGAUGAGGCAGUGCUCAAGGAGAUUGAGAAGCGUUUUGACGCCCAAGUGCCUCCAUAUCCUGAGGGCGGUGUCGAUUCGAGCACGUACAUGGCUUCUUAG